AUGUCGGUCAACCGCGAACGCGAUCUCGACAAGCUGCCCCCAAUCGCGGUCGACCCUAAGGAAAUGCCGCCUCUGCUGCCUUAUGGACUACAAUUCAACCUACUCAUGCCUACGCGCGAUGUCUCCCUCACGGACGGACAAUAUCCCAUUUGCGACGAGGCCGUUCCGUGGACUCUUCAACUCGAGCUGUGCUACCUUCAGUUCCACCCGACCACCUGGGAUAUCCUCAAGGAGGACGAUCAAAUCGAUGAGCGGUACUACGAUGCUCUACUCGAUCUUUGCGCGAGACUGGGUGACUCGGUCUACGAGGGCGACCGGCAUGUCAGGCUGCGCGAGGCACUCGUACGGGUGCUCUCUCGUCGCUUAAGAAGAUGGGGCCGGCUAUAUGUCCUGCAUCAUGCGCGCGAGCAGUACUUCCGUCAGCAGCUCGCCCUGCAUCCGACGUGGUCCGUCUCCGACGUUGUCAUGUCGAUACCGCUCUCGGAGGAGUAUCCACCCGUGCAGCCCAAAGCCCCGAUCUCCUCUCUGUGGCCGCUUCCAAUGCCCCAUCCCGAUGCCGCUUUUCAGCGGCAGCUCAUCCAGGUCACGAUCCGCAACUACGAACCGCACAGACUGUUCGACGUCGAGAGUGUCGCCUCCGAAGCGACCUAUGAGCGACUAUGGGGAACGACCACGAAGAAGAGCGACCGGCGGCCGUUGACAGCGUUCCAAGAUCUCACCAUCACCGAGUCCUCCGUUGCCGUCCCUGCCGCGGAUUCCUUUCCCGUCGCUUCCUCAGCAACGGCAACCUGCUCUCGACGCCACCGAGACCGCAGCGACGACUGA